GUUUGAACAUGUUUAAAAUCUGUGCACUCUGUUGGAUGUGAAACUACAAAAUUCAUAGACCUUACCUUGCUACCGUUACAUGUAUAACUUCUAGAAAUUAAAUAAUCACCUAAGGUAAUAAGUUAAUAAAUGUUAAGCUAAUAAUUAUUAAAUUACUGUGAAAGCAGAGGAAACUACUCCAGGAGCAUGAAAAUAUGGAAGCAAUUAUGCAUCUUCAGCCACCUGAUGUACGUUAUUGUAUUUUACCACCUCGACUUUCCAUAGUGUUUCUCUUAUUAUUAAUGCAACUCACACACUUCGCAAAAAUUGGAAAAUGAAGAAAAUCACAGAAAGGGGAGAUAAGCAUUUUAGUCACUUAAAACAAAAUCUUUUAAAAUUUGUAGGUAGGUACCCAAGCAUGUGCUCACGUGUAAAUCACGUAAAUGAGGACUCUUAUUAGAGACAGCUAAUUCCAGUUAGUGUAUUAUACUUGCCUAGUUUUUGUUUAACUUGUGUGUCACAAGAAACUCCUUCGGUAGGAUCAAAUAGGUUUGACUAGGGGUUUUGAUAAGGGGUUGAUAAAUCUAAAAUAAACCAGUAACAAAACCGGCACCUUUUCUAAAAAUUUAAAACUAAAAACGAACGCAUGGUGGCGCUGUUGACUAAAAAAGAGAAUUAAGAGCUUGUACACUCCAUACUCACAGACAAACCUAGCGAGCGAUCCGGUGCGAUAAAACAAGGGCUUGUGGACCUGGACAGAUCUUUAAGCAGUGAAAUCUAAAUCUCUGGGAAACAUUAAUUGUUAGGCUAUCUCCAAAAGACUUUGCUUUUCACAGAGAAGCAUAAAGCUCCUUAUGGUGACGAGCCCUUGGAAAAACACUGCAGAAAUACAAUGGAAGCCUGGAAGGAGAGCUUUCUUAAACAAAGGCAAGUCUUGCUUCUCUUUGUUUUUCUAGGUGGGUCUCUGGCUGGGUCCGGGUCUCGGCACUAUUCUGUGGCUGAGGAAAAAGAGAAAGGGUUCUUAAUAGCCAAUGUAGCGAAGGAUCUGGGACUCAGGGUGGAAGAACUGGCUGAAAGGAGAACUCAGGCUGUUUCCAAAGGGAACAUACAAUAUUUUCAGCUCAACCAUCAGACCGGAGAUUUGCUCUUGGUUGAGAAACUGGACCGGGAGGAGCUGUGCGGUUCCGCAGAGCCUUGUGUGCUGCACUUUCAGAUAUUGCUGUAUAAUCCUUUGCAGUUUAUUACAAACGAACUCGAGGUCAUAGAUGUAAAUGACAACGCCCCAGAGUUCUUUGAAACUGCAAUGCAGCUCAAAGUCCCGGAAAGUUCCCCACCCGGAACAGUAAUUCCUUUGGGAAAUGCUGUGGAUCCGGACGUGGGAAGAAACGGACUCCAGAACUACACGGUGUCUCCCAAGUCCCAUUUCCACGUUCGCACCCGCCGUCGUAGGGAUGGAAGGAAGUAUCCAGAACUAGUGCUGGACAGAGCUCUGGAUCGGGAGGAGCAGGCAGAGCUCAGUUUAACUCUCACAGCCCUGGAUGGAGGCUCCCCACCUCGGUCUGGCACUGCCCAGGUUCACAUCCUGGUCUUAGACAUAAACGACAACGCACCAGAAUUUACACAGUCACUCUAUGAGGUUCAAAUUCUAGAGAAGAGCCCUGUUGGCUCUGUCAUCAUCACGGUCUCAGCCUCUGACUUAGAUACAGGGAAUUUUGGUGAAAUAUCGUAUGCGUUUUUCCAUGCUUCUGAAGAAAUUCUCAAAACUUUUCAACUAAAUCCCAUUACUGGUGAUAUAGAACUAGUUACGGGUUUGGAUUACGAAACAAUUAAUACUUACGAGGUUGACAUAGAAGCCAAGGAUGGUGGAGGCCUUUCGGGAAAAUGUACAGUCAUAGUCCAGGUAGUUGAUGUGAACGAUAACCCACCAGAACUGACUUUGUCGUCAGUGACCGGUCCUAUCCCUGAGAAUUCAGCAGAGACUGUGGUGGCUGUUUUCAGUGUGGCUGAUUUAGACUCUGGAGAUAAUGGGAAAGUAACCUGUUCCAUCCAGAACGAUCUCCCCUUCAUCCUGAAACCAUCCGUAGAGAACUUCUACACUAUAGUGUCUGAAGGAGCACUGGACAGAGAGAGCAGAGCUGAGUACAACAUCACCAUCACAGUCAGCGACCUGGGCACACCCAGGCUCACAACCCAGCACACCAUAACAGUGCAGGUGUCUGAUGUCAACGACAACGCCCCCGCCUUCACACAAAGCUCCUACACCCUGUUUGUCCAAGAGAACAACAGCCCCGCCCUGCACAUAGGCACCAUCAGCGCCACAGACUCAGAUUUGGGCUCCAAUGCCCACAUCAUCUACUCGCUGCUGCCCACCACAGACCCGCAGCUGGCUCUCUCCUCGUUCAUCUCCAUCAACGCCGACAAUGGGCAGCUGUUUGCUCUCAGGGCGCUGGACUACGAGACCCUGCAGAGCUUCGAGUUCCUUGUGCGGGCAACAGACCAAGGCUCGCCUGCGCUCAGCAGCCAGGCGCUGGUGCGCGUGCUGGUGCUGGACGCCAACGACAAUGCGCCCUUCGUGCUCUACCCGCUGCAGAACGCUUCUGCGCCCUACACAGAGCUGCUCCCCAGGGCGGCGGAGCCUGGCUACCUGGUCACCAAGGUGGUGGCGGUGGAUCGAGACUCUGGCCAGAACGCCUGGCUGUCAUUCCAGUUGCUCAAGGCCACGGAGCCAGGGCUGUUCAGCGUGUGGACUCACAAUGGCGAGGUGCGCACCUCCAGGCUGCUGAGUGAGCGCGAUGCGCCCAAGCACAGGUUGCUGCUGCUGGUCAAGGACAAUGGCGAUCCUCCGCGGUCUGCCAGUGUCACUCUGCACGUGCUGGUGGUGGAUGGCUUCUCUCAGCCCUACCUGCCUCUGCCAGAGGUGGCGCGCGACUCUGUACAGGACAAUGAGGACUUGCUCACACUCUAUUUGGUCAUUGCCUUGGCGUCUGUGUCUUCGCUCUUUCUCUUGUCUGUGCUGCUGUUCGUGGGGAUAAGGCUGUGCAGGAGGGCCAGGGCGGCGUCUCUUGGUGGUUGCUCUGCUCCUGAGGGCCACUUUCCUGGACACCUGGUCGACAUCAGUGGCACGGGGACCCUGUCCCAGAGCUACCAGUAUGAGGUAUGUCUGACCAGGGACUCUGGGACUGGUGAGUUCAAAUUCCUCAAACCCAUGGUCUCCAACCUGUUGCUUCAGGAUGCUGGGAGAGAAGUUAAGGAAAGUCCCCACUGCAGGGAUAGCUUUGUAUUCAACUAAGUGUUGUCAAUUCCUAGACGAUGUCAUUUUAAGAAAUGUCCUUGU